AUGCCACUGGAGCCUCUUUGGGAUAUCAUCCUGCCGUUGAUGGGCCUCGCAGUUGGCACCAGUUUGGGUGCUUUUGGGAUGCAACUGACAUUGGGCCUGACCUUUGUGCAGCCUUUGUUGCUGCUGCUUCUUCCAUCCUUCCUGUCAGUGUUGGAACAUUUUCACGAGCGGCUCUUGGCUUGGCACCUUGCUCAAAGAGUUUUGAAGAUCGCGAUGAAUUCCUAG